UACCCCCCCAGGGAACCCUUGCCCUUUCUCACCGGCCCUGCCGGUGGCUGCUGUCUGGAGGAAGACACUGGUCUAGUGUCCGGCCUGGUUUGCCCCAGAGAAAUGCUAGACCCAGACUAAACUGUGGCCCCGCCUCCCUGUACUGUGCCAGCAGGACUUGGAGCUAGGACACCUAGAUCCUGGGUCCUCUCUGUUGGGGAGGGGUCAUUUCAUCUUGCACAGGACUGGGGCGGGUAAGACUCUAGGUUUUCGUGUUAAGGACCCUAUGAUGGAGGCACAAAUGGAUAGCGGCUUCUUUUUGGAUCAGUCAAGAAAUUGAGGUCACAUUAAUGGCCCCUCUUCCUAGCUGAGCUGCACUUUGUCUUGUGGGAACAGCCUUGGAGCCGAAUGUGACAGUCAGGGGACAACCUCGGGCCCCUCUAGCUGAGCUGCUUGAGUCCCGCCCCCCUGCAUGCAGCCCCAGGAGCUGACAACAGUUCUGCGGGUGGCCACGGGGUCUUUAAAGCUCUGGUCAGCUGAAUGUGGAAGUGGAGGGGCUUCUGCUGCUGUCACCUUCAUGGUCUCCUCAGGCCACAUGCUCUCCAAGCAGCGGGGAAAAAGAGAGUGAGCCUGCAUGCCAAUUCUAAGCACUUCCGGAUCAAAAAUGGCAGCCUGUGGAGGCACCUGCAAGAGCAAAGUGACUGUCUCCAAGCCUGUGUGGGACUUCCUGAGCAAGGAGACCCCAGCCCGGCUGGCCCGGCUUCGGGAGGAGCACCAAGUGUCCAUCCUCAUAGAUGGCGAGACUUCUGACAUCUAUGUGCUCCAGCUGUCCCCACAGGGUCCUCCCCCAGCCCCUCCCAAUGGGCUCUACCUGGCCCGGAAGGCUCUCAAGGGGCUACUGAAAGAGGCAGAGAAAGAGCUGAAGAAAGCUCAGAGGCAGGGGGAGCUCAUGGGCUGCUUGGCUUUGGGGGGUGGUGGGGAGCACCCUGAGCUGCACCGCCCAGGACCACCUCCUCUCCGAGCAGCCCCACUCCUGCCCCCAGGGGCAAGAGGGCUUCCCCCUCCUCCCCCCUUGCCCCCUCCACUUCCUCCUCGUCUUCGGGAGGAGACUGAAGAGCAGGAGAGCACCUGCCCCAUUUGCCUGGGGGAGAUCCAGAAUGCCAAGACACUGGAGAAGUGCCGGCACUCCUUCUGUGAGGGCUGCAUCACACGGGCCCUGCAGGUGAAGAAAGCCUGCCCCAUGUGUGGCCGAUUCUAUGGGCAGCUAGUGGGUAACCAACCCCAGAAUGGGCGGAUGCUGGUCUCCAAGGAUGCCACCCUCCUGCUGCCCAGCUACGAGAAGUACGGCACCAUUGUUAUCCAGUAUGUCUUCCCACCCGGAGUCCAGGGGGCUGAACACCCCAAUCCAGGAGUCCGGUACCCUGGCACCACACGGGUGGCCUACCUCCCGGACUGCCCUGAGGGAAACAAGGUGCUGACCCUGUUCCGGAAGGCUUUUGACCAGCGUCUCACCUUCACUAUUGGCACGUCCAUGACCACAGGGAGACCCAACGUCAUCACCUGGAACGACAUCCACCACAAGACCAGCUGCACGGGGGGACCCCAGCUGUUUGGGUAUCCGGACCCCACCUACCUGACUAGGGUGCAAGAGGAACUGAGAGCCAAGGGUAUCACAGAUGACUGAAGGCCUUCCCUUUGCCGAGGCUCCUGCGGAAGCCUCUGUCCUCCUCUUUCUCUCUCUCUCUCUUUCUCUGCCCCCGUACCACCCAUGAGGGGAUUUGGCUGACUGGGGUGGGAUUUCAGAGGGGAAGGUGGCAGUCCCUUCCCCUGCUCCCCACUUGGCCAAGUGCUUCAGGGCCCUUUGAGCCAUUCCCCUCUGGCAGAGGCUGGUUUCCAAGGCUCCCCUCCUGCUCUCUGUGUACAUACUCUCUGUGCCCCUGCUCCUCCAGCGUCCUCGGCUUUUCCUGGUAUGUACUGUGCUCCAGUGAUGAAGCUGAGAAAGGACCUGGGUAGGGAGGAUGGGGAUUCUUGAACUCCAGCCCCUAAACACCGACUCACCUUGGACUGAUACUAGCCACCUCCCCCAGCCAGCUGUGUGUUAAGAUAACAGUAGUCCUACCUUUCCUUAUGGAUCCUUUCUCUCCUGUGUCUGUCUGUCAGUCUGUCUUUCUCUCGCUCUUCUCUGCCCCUAUAAGGAGCCUACUCACCCUGAUCUGGAAUUGCUGCCAGACUGUAGCUUUUAAUUUAAUAAAAAUAAAGUCAAAUAUGCA